AUGUCGGAAUAUUUCACUAAUAAUGAGGUGGACGCAGGGUUUGUUAUCUCCACUAUUUGUCUGACAUUGCUAGUGGCAGUGGUAAUUGCCGGUAACAUCCUCGUCAUAGCCGCUGUGUUGACCACUCGGAAACUCCGGACAGUGACCAAUAUCUUUAUAGUGAAUUUAGCUUGUGCAGAUUUACUACUUGGAAUAUUUGUGCUGCCUUUUUCAGCAGCUCUGGAAGUUCUUGAUAGCUGGAUAUUCGGGACCAUUUGGUGCCAUGUUUGGUUAGCGACCGAUGUCCUGCUGUGUACUGCAUCCAUUUUUAAUUUGUGCUGCAUCAGUUUAGACCGUUACAUAGCAAUAACAAGACCAAUGAAAUAUCCAGGAUUAAUGUCUUCCAAACGCGGGAAACUGCUUGUUGCAGCUACGUGGAUUGUUUCCUUCUUAAUCUCUCUUCCGCCAUUGAUUGGCUGGAACGACGGAAACGAUGAAACAAGCCAACAAACAACAUCACAACCUUGCGAGUUUAUUCCAGUGAAAUGUGAACUUAUUAAUACGCGUGGAUACCGUAUUUAUUCAGCAUUAGGUUCGUAUUUUAUUCCAAUGUUUAUUAUGGUGUUUUUCUACAUACGGAUUUACCGUGCUGCGGUGAAGACUAUAUCCGCUUACCAGAAAGGUGUCCUUACGACAAAAUCAAACGGAGUGACUGUAAAUAAUAAAGUGACGUUACGGGUUCAUCGCGGUGGAAGUUACAUAAACCAUAAUACAUCCAACCGCUCAAAUAAAGAUUCCGUUGAGAGGCGGAAAUCUGCCGAAAAACAACAACUCUCUAGUACAAAUGGCAUUAACCCAUCGCGUGAUAAAAAUCAAAAAGGACGAAAAGGAAGUGAUCGUUUAAAACCAACAAAUGGCGUUAGAAUAAAAUUUUCUGGAAACGGACCAACACGAACAUCGUCUGCUCUGCAGAAAACUGGUAAAAAUAUGAAAACUCAGAUGAGAAAAUUUAAUCGGGAGCAGAAGGCGGCUAAAACAUUAGCCAUUAUAGUGGGUGCUUUUAUUCUGUGUUGGUUACCCUUCUUUUCUAUUUAUUUAAUUGGUGCAUUUUGUGACGAUUGUAUCCCUGCUGUGUUGUUUUCUGUUUUAUUCUGGCUGGGGUACUGUAAUUCGGCUAUUAACCCCUGUGUAUAUGCUUUAUUCGCCAAAGAUUUUAGAUUCGCAUUCAAAAAACUGUUAACUUGUGGUAUUCGAAGAUUGCCGUCAAAGUCUGGAUCGGACCUUGCCGCCAUGAACUUAAAUCCUUUACAGUCUAUAAACAAUUUCAGUGAAAAUUCCUCGGAAAGUUGA